AUGAAUGACCCUCCUCCCAGGAUGGGGGGGCCGGGGGCCCACCGGGCUGCUCAUUUCACGGACUACCCCCGCAGCCCAGGGCGAUCCCUAGGGCGUUCCCGGUCCUUUAGGGGCGAGGUGGGGCGCAGGGCUCCGCUGGCCCCAGACGCCCCUAAUUCUUCAGCGGCGAGGGGGGAUAGAAGCUGGAGUGACGCCCACGACGACUGCAGAGCCAGAAAGAAGCUGAACCGUGAUUCCUGGGUCAGAGACAAAGUGCUUUUUCUUCUGCACCCGGAGAGGUGGCUGGGCACUAAAACGGGCCCUCCUGGGGAAGAGGUGGCCGGCGGGGAGGACGUGACCCAGUUGGAGGGACACGCUAGGGAACCGCAGUGCGGGUCUCCUCUCUGUGCAAGAAGAGAACCAAUUUGUGGUGGCCCAGGAGGUGCUGCCCCUGGCGCCCCGGGGCAGGACCCCGCAGCCGCACCCAAGUCCGUGCUGGUGCGGGUCGUGGAUUAUCAGGUGACACAAGAGGUGCUUCGGACCGCGUGGACUAACAGCCGCAUGACCACACGGACCGAGGAGCGCUGCAUGACCGCCAUCACUUUUCGGACCAACAGGUAGAGACGCAGGUUGUGGGGCGCGGGGGACCCCUGGAAAACCCCGGGCUCUGGGCCCUGAGUGACACUCGGCUUCCACGCUACGGAGGGGGAAGCGUUUCACCAUCUCCAAGGAAUUGAUUCCCCGAGGAUAUUAAACAAGAAAUAGGAGCAGAGGGAAGAUUCCAGGCUGCUGAAUGAAAAUGUUCUGGGAACUCCAACCUGUAAUUAACCAAAAGCAAGAAGUUUUAAAGAAACUGGCGCUGUGCUUCUGGGGGGCAGAUGGUACCCAAUGCAAACUGAGGAACUCUAAGCAACAUAAUACCUCCUUUAUGACUUAAUACUGUGAUGGGCUGGGACCUGUGUCAAAUCAAAGGAAGAGAAGAAAAGGUAUUUUCAAAUUGCAGAAUGUCGAAAUUUUUGAAAUUAGAAAACUGUUGUUAAUUCUCAUUUUGCAAUACCUAGUGUUCUCUUUUCUGCCUCUCCUUUCUCUUUAAGACCUGAAAGCAGAAGUGAAGUUUGACAUCUGCUCUCUGCAAAAGGGGUUUAUGAUUCAAGCAGAGCCCAUGUGUGAGAAAACUGGGGAAUCUUUUUCCAAUUCACAGUGUCCUUGGAGGACACUGGAGGAGAAAUAAAGAAAAGGCUUUCUAUGGAAAGAAAAAAGUUACAUUCACUGCAGACACAUUUGAGGAAAUGCUAUUUUGUGAGGAAAAAGAAAAACCGAAUAAAAGAAAAAACCUAUGACCCCAAGUGUCUUUUAAUAUAUGGAACCUGGGAGUCAUCCUUUUGAAAUGUCAUCAAAGAAGAUAGCACCCCUAUCUCCAAGUCUCUGUGGGAGGAUGGAGCCUCACUGCAAUGGACACUAAUUAGCAAACACAGAUAAGUGCUCUAGUCACAGAGGAAAAACAAUUAAGAAGUAACUCAGAGAGCUGGACAUAUGCCACUGAUCAACCUCACUGCUAACAUCCUCCAGUGCUUUUCCAUGAGCUCACCUCAGCAUUGAAAAACUUCCUCAUGUUGUUUCAACAGAAAUUCCUGCAUAGACCUUUACUGGUAUUUCAGAGCACUGAACACAGAUGUGAGGUCUUCAAAUUCCAAUUAAGUCAGGAGAAGGAAGCUUCACUGUUGACCUCAGUAACCUAGCUGUAUUCACAAGCAACGAUCUACUAUUAAACAUCC